CACUAAAACAGAGAGAAAGAAAGAAAGAAAAAGGCGAGAGAGAGAGAUAGAGAAUCAUAUCUUCAAACUCAAAAUCAAAUCCACCAAAACAGAAUAAUCUCUAGGGUUUUCUUCUUCUUCCAAUCUUUCUCUCAGAAACAAACCCACAGAGUGAGAGAGAGAGAGAGAGAGAGAGAUGGAAGGGUCGAGCAACGGAGGGAUGCUGUACCACGAGGUACAGGAGUCGAAGCUGUGCGCCGUGCAUUGCGUCAACACGGCGCUGCAGGGUCCCUUCUUCUCCGAAUUCGAUUUGGCCGCCCUCGCCUCCGAUCUCGAUCGCAAGGAGCGCCAGAUGAUGCAGCUCAACCUCCAAGCCGGAGCCAACGCCGCCGCCGGCGAUUUCCUCUCCGAGGAGUCCCACAACGUCUCCCUCGACGGCGAUUUCAGUAUCCAGGUACUUCAAAAGGCUUUAGAGGUUUGGGAUCUGCAGGUCAUCCCCCUUGAUUCUCCAGUUGCAGAGCCAGCUCAGAUCGAUCCUGAGCUGGAAAAUGGGUUUAUCUGUCAUUUACAUGAUCAUUGGUUCUGUAUCAGGAAAGUGAAUGGGGAGUGGUAUAAUUUUGACAGUCUGUAUGCAGCCCCACUUCACCUUUCAAAGUUUUACCUCUCGGCCUAUUUGGACACGCUAAAGGGCUCUGGUUGGAGCAUUUUCCUGGUGAGAGGAAACUUCCCAAAAGAGUGUCCCAUCUCAUCCUCAGAAGCUUCCAACGGGUAUGGGCAGUGGCUUUCACCUGAAGAUGCCGACCGAAUAACUAAAUCCUGCAACUCCACAAAUGCUCCACGCCAGACUCAGAGAACAAAUCCUCGACAACCUUCAGACCAAUUCCUAUCUACCGAGGAAGCAGAGCUGCUAUCAGAGAUGGAAGACGAGGACAUGAAGGCUGCAAUAGCUGCCAGUCUUAUGGAUUCUUCCCCACCCGUGGUCAAUGCCGGAGCUAGCAACGUGGUCAAUGCCGGAGCUAGCAAUGUGGCCAAUGCCGGAGAUAGCAACGUGGUCAAUGCCAAUGCCGGAGCUAGCAACGUGGCCAAUGCCGGAGAUAGCAACGUGGUCAAUGCUGGAGCUAGCAACGUGGCCAUUGCUGGAGCCAGCAACCCGCAGAAUGAAAGCUCAGACAGCCAAGAGAACAAGAUCAGCCAAGAGAAUAAAAUUGCUUGAGAAAAGUAAAGUACAUUUUUCAUUUUUUAGAUGUUAAUGUUUACUGGUUGAGGACAAUGAUCUAUGGAUCUCUAUGUCAGGUUAGAUAGUUGACUUGCAUCCUUGGCGCAAGGUCGUUGUUCUUUGCAGCAUAUACAGCUCCAUUAUACUGUCAACUCCAAAUUUAAACUCAAAUUGUAAAACUAGAACAAAUAAGUUUUCCAGCUUUUUUUUUUCUUUUCAUUGGAUAAUUACAGCGUUUUGAAUUUUUGGAUCAA